AUGCGGCCUAAACUUGCAGACCGGGAACCUCAGUCAAGUGUGACCUUAUCUUCGGAUUAUACAGCAGCCGCUCGCGAAAAGCCAAAGUUCAUGUCUAUUGAGCCAGAAGGGACAGGUAAAACUGUGGCUGGGUGUUUAUCUCUCGAGAAAUACCAUGGGGAGAAUCCACAACAUGUUCCUCAGGUAACUGAGGAUCAGGGCUUGAAUUUGGAUCAUCUCGGAGCCUCGCAGGAAAGGCAACAGAUUUCAUCCGCUGCAUCAGCAACAAAGACUGAUGUUGGUAGAGAAUCGGUAAUUGGCAAUGAGAAUCGAGAGGCUUCUCCUCCUUCCGAGAGGUUUUCGCGUGCAACCACGGUCCCGUUUUCUCCCGAACGGCUUAACGUGAGAGGGAAGCAACCCAAAAUAAAAAAAUUACUCACACGCCAAAAGGCACUUUCCGAGAUUUACCUGAAGACCAGUCCGAAACCCAUCUUUAAAUCACGGGCAGGAAUCUCCCUCGGUAACAAGCAGACUUCUAGGGUUAAAGGCAAGGAAAAGGCCGUUGAAGCCCUUACUAGGCAAAAGAAGAAAAUCAAAUCAAGCAAGCAAAUACCAGAGGAGACCGGGCUUACAGACCUCAAAGGUAAGGGGAAAGUUUCUGAAGAUCUAACUGGGAAAAAGGGAACGAAAACCAGAGCCAACAAACGAGAAAGCCCACCGAAAGGAGUCCCUUCAAAAGUGACUCGUCGAUUGCGGCAGAGUAUAUCGGCAGUGGAUAUGCGCCGCUUAUUUUAUGCACGGUACGACAACGCAGUAUGGGGAUGGAUUUAUGGAGGCGCAACCUACUCUAUGGCUGAAUGGCAUCAGGAGUGGAAGUAUAACCAGCAACCAAAAAUUGCAAACUUUGCUGCAGAGCUCGCUUCAGAAAUAGAAAAAAUUAACCAUCAAGGAGAACGUUCUAGAGUGGAUGCGACCAGUAACAUCAAGCUCAAUGCCUUGAACUUCGCCAAUCUACUGUUCUUGAUCAACUUGAGAUUGAUUCAAAGCUUUAAGACUUUGCCUAAUAUAGAAUAUUAUAUCGAAGAGCAUGGUCGAUUGCAGGAAUGGCUUCUUGAAGAAGAGCGUAGUCGGCUUGCAGAUUCUGCGACGAUAACAAGAAGCGAAAUAGCAUUCCCCGAGCUUCCUCUAGAGCAGGUGGUAAGCAAUGUCAAUGAAGUACUGUGUUGCAAGGAGUCAGACAAGUUGGUAAAGAGAGUAACGAAGACGCGUACGGAUGGGGAAACAACUUUCAUCGGGGUAAUAUCUGACAGCCAACUCAAGAUGACCAAGGCAAUCGUACCUCUCUUGGCUUACUACUAUAAAUCGUCUAACGUGAAGAAGUGGAAUCUCCUGUUUCAACAUGAAGGCUAUUACUUAGCCCACCUUUCUAAACUUCAGACUCCGGCGUACAACUGCGUACCCGUAUUGAUCGAUGCCCAAAAGCCAUACAUAGAUGUCUUGAACCUGCUCCCGUGGAGAAACAGCCUUGGAGUAGUUGAAGAUCUUGUGAAAGCAGGAUUGAGAUCGGCCAUGCGCGGGUCACUGAGUAAUAAAAUGUAUAAUUGGAUUGAACCAUUUGCUAUUGGAAGCCCAGCUGAUGUGGAUGAUAAGCUAUGGGCCACCCUCACACUGCUCAAAGAGAGAAAUGCAGAAGAACUUGAAACUGACUCCGAGCCACUCAUAAUAGCGCAAAACCAAUUUGAUUCAAAAAUAAACAAGUCCUUGAGUCCAUCCUUAAAGCAGUUUUUAUCCACAGAAAUUAAUUUGGAAGGGGUAGAAUCCUUGGUUAGCACGCUCUGGGAGUUCAAUGCCAGAUUACUUGAAGCAUUUGGUUAUCACCCCGGAGACACGGAAUACCUGGAAGAGCAAAAGGACAUCCAAAAUGAACUUUUUGAAAUUCUUAACAAGCCUAGAUCUCAAGAAGCAGAAGAACCAUUGGGAGACGAGGAUAGUGACAAGGUGGACCCGUUUGCAGAGGUUGACAAGGAAAACCUCACCAAAGAGGCUACCCUCAAGGCUAAUAUCGUUUGCAAUAGGUUGGCUUGA